AUGGAAAAGGUUAUCAGUGCAUCACGGGGAAUCCCAGUGCUGUUUACAUUGCUACUAAUGCUACUUUCUAGGGUUUGCCAGCAUAACGCAGCUGCCUCGGCUUUCACCUGUGGAAUACGACGCCUCGCUCCGAUGGGGCUGGUGACAAAGGGCAUCCAGGCCCAACAAGGCGACUGGCCGUGGCAUGUGGCGCUGUUUCAACGCGGCAAAGCCGUCAAAGCCUUGUACAAAUGUGGUGGGUCGAUCAUAAGCGAAAAUUUUGUCCUUACCGCUGCCCACUGCAUCGAACAUCCCGAUCCAGAACAGUACCUCCUCAAAGCUGGGUUACACUACCUGAACAAUGAUAGCGAUCCGGACGUGGUGCUGUACAACGUUUUCGAGAUUAUUCUGCAUCCGAAGUACGACAACAUGAAGUACUACAACGACAUCUCGCUUAUACGCCCCGAUCGCGUCAUCUCGUUCACGACGUCCACUAUCUUCCCGAUCUGUUUGUGGCCAGCGCAAAAAUCCACGGUGAUCGACAUCCUGCGCACUUCAGGCAUCGCCGUCGGGUUUGGUUUCGAUGAAAACCACCGCACCAGUGAAAUACUUCAGCAGGCGUCGAUGCAGGUGAUCGAGAAGCAGCGAUGCAUCGAACAGCUGCCUGAGCACGUUCGCUAUCUUCCGCAGCACGUUGGGAAGUUGUGUGCGAUCGGGACGGAGACUGGCGCCAACGUAUGCAGUGGUGAUAGUGGCGGAGGGCUAUUCUUCGCCAAGGACUCGGUGUGGUAUUUGCGUGGUAUCGUGAGUGCGGCAGCUCGGAAGGACCUGGAUAAUGGCAAGUUUAGCUGCAAUGCGGCACUGCCCGCUACGUAUACGGACGUCUCGGAGUAUGUGCAGUGGAUCGAGGCGCAUCAGAAGAUCGUAGAUCAACGGAACCUGCUCAAGCUGGAAGAGUGCGGUGUAGCACUUCAUUCUGACGUGGCAAACGAAACGCUAAAGCCGAUAUUCAACCAGUAUCCGUGGAACGUGCUGUUGGAGUUUCGGCAGAACGAAAAAUCACCAGUUCACUUGGUGUGCAGUGGUGUGUUAGUACAUCCGCGUUACGUGCUCACUGUAGGUCACUGUUUGCAGGGCAUUCACAACAGCUACAAUCUAAAAUCGGUGCGACUCGGCGAGUACAACAUUCGCACGCUAGAGGACGUUAAUCCAGACGCCCCGAACGCGACGCCUACUACAACGCAGUCAGUGGACAUUGAGCGAAUCAUUUUCCAUACCAGCUUCCAUCAACCGUAUUAUGCCAACAAUCUGGCGUUGCUGAAACUCAAGCACAAUGCCGACACGAGCAAACCGAACAUAAUGCCGAUCUGCCUGCCGAGUAUGGACGACUACAAGGAGUCCUUUCUUACGCUGAGCGGCUGGAAGCGCAACAAGAACGUUUUCCCGCGGAUGGAACGAUCUGCGAUGAACUUAACAUCGACCACCGAGUGUCGGGAAGCGUACGAGAAGCUGGGCGUACGGCUACCUCAGUCGGAAGACGCCUUGUGUGCCAUAUACGAUACACAGCUGAUGGCCAGGUGUCACAAUUACGCGUCGGGAUCAUCGUUGCAGUACAUCAAGCGUGUAGAUAAGCAACCCCGCUAUUUCCUAGCUGGACUGUUGGCGUUUAACUUCCCGUUCUGUCGCCAGAACGGAAGCGAGAUGUUCGUAAACCUCAACGAUGCGAGUGAAUGGAUCAAAAAAGAGAUUAAAUGAAGCGUUCGGGAUGCGUUAAAUUAUAUGAUGAACGUAAUUAGCUGGUAGUAAUGAAGAAAACACAAAUGUUGAAAAGUUUGACUACAGAAAUGUUACUUUCAAUGUUGACAACAA